GGCAGUGCCACCCCGACUCCCUGCACCUGCCAUGGCUGCCGCUCUCGUGUCUGUGCCUCGCAUCAAGUUGGGCUCGCAGGGGCUGGAGGUCUCCGCGCAGGGCCUCGGCUGCAUGGGCAUGUCCGCCUUCUACGGCCCGCCAAAACCCGAGUCUGAGAUGAUCAAGCUUAUCCACCACGCCGUCGACGCCGGGGUCACCUUCCUCGACACCUCCGACGUCUACGGCCCGCACACCAACGAGGUCCUCCUGGGCAAGGCGCUGCAAGGCGGGGUGCGGGAGAAGGUCGAGUUGGCCACCAAAUUCGGCGUCUCCUUCGCCGAUGGCAAGCGGGAGAUCCACGGCGACCCAGCCUACGUGCGGGCAGCGUGCGAGGGCAGCUUCAAGCGGCUCGGUGUUGACUGCAUCGACCUCUAUUACCAGCACCGCAUCGACAAGAGGGUGCCCAUCGAGGUCACGAUCGGUGAACUCAAGAAGCUAGUGGAGGAAGGAAAGAUAAAAUACAUUGGGUUAUCCGAAGCAUCUGCAUCAACAAUCCGAAGAGCUCAUGCAGUCCAUCCUAUCACCGCGGUACAGCUUGAAUGGUCGCUAUGGUCUAGAGAUGCAGAAGAAGAUAUAAUCCCCACUUGCAGAGAACUUGGAAUUGGAAUCGUGGCUUACAGUCCACUAGGCAGAGGUUUCUUCUCUAGUGGAGCAAAACUAGUUGACUCACUAUCUGAGCAGGACUUCCGCAAGCAUAUGCCUAGAUUUCAGCCAGAGAAUCUCGACAAGAACGCUCAGAUAUUCGAGCGCGUGAGCGCGAUGGCAGCACGGAAAGGAUGCACGCCAUCACAGCUCGCGUUGGCCUGGGUUCACCACCAAGGAAACGACGUUUGCCCCAUACCUGGCACAACAAAAAUCGACAACUUCAACCAGAACGUGGGGGCACUGUCUGUGAAGCUUACACCGGAUGAGAUGGCUGAACUCGAGUCGUAUGCCGCGGCUGGUGAAGUCUUGGGUGACCGGUAUGGCGAUCAAUUGGCCAACACUUGGAAGGACUCCGAGACCCCACCGUUAUCUUCAUGGAAAUUUUGAGUAGCCAGUAUCUGGUAUUUUCAACUGCGUCCUCUGUUCGUUGACGUAUCUCCGAGUUGCCGGGAUGCAGAAGAUCUCCAUGUGCACUUUGCAAAAGCAUCCAUAUAUAUGAUGUUGGGAGUUUAUGAUGUUUGGUACAGAGUGCGUAUUGUAUUGCAUACUUAUCUCAUUUUGUUUUUGUGCGUAUAUGCUUAAAUGUUAAAACCUCUGACGGGAUGACCGGAUGAAUAGAAU